AUGGUCAAGUUUAACGUCUCCCUUCUCCUUGCCGCCAUCAUCGCGACACCCGCUCUCGCUGGUUACAGCCCAGAAUCCGGCGUGUACACCACGACUGAAACCACCAGCGCGACCACCAGCGGAAGUGCCAGUGCUAGUACAGCCACAGAGCCGCCUUCGACUACUAAUGUCGACGAUGCAAUCUGCGAGCAGGAUGCCGAGAUGCCAGACACGUGUGACGGAAGCGACGGCUGGUACCCGGUGUCGGUGGUCGGCAAGGAAGGAUACUUCUGUGCCAAGGGACCGAUCUGUGCCGGUGAAGUCGGAAACUGCCCGGGUGCCCACGACGAUCUCGUGUACGGAUCCAAAUGCGUGAGCAUUAGUGAAGGAACCUAUGGUUGUAUCCCCAACACCGAGUGCCCGCCUACGGAGUCCACGGUAGUUCACGACGAUUGUGAAGUCGCCACUGACACUCCAGUCACCCCUGGUGUGUCAGAGGAAACACCGUACACGCCCCCCGAAACACCUGAGGCGACCACCGCUCCACCCGUCGUUGACACUCCAGAGACGAAAACUGCUCCGCCACCGGUUGACACUCCAGAGACAAAGACUGCCCCACCCGCGGUGACCGAGGAAACACCGUACGUUCCCCCUGAGACGCCCGAAACGACGGCUCCACCAACGCCCGAAACGACGGCUCCACCAGUGGUUUACACACCGGAGCCGACAACCGCUCCACCCGUUGUUGAUACUCCAGAGACAAAGACUGCCCCACCCGCGGUGACCGAGGAAACACCUUAUAUUCCGCCAACGGAGUCCACGACGGCACCCCCAGCUCCGCCUGGCAAAAUCACGUAUACUUACACGCCCCAGGUGUCGGAGGCGGUCACGUUCUCCCCUCCGCUCACGAUCGACACGGAUACUCCAGAAACGGAGUCCCCGACCACUCCGGUUUACACUGACACCCCCGCUGUUACCGAGGCUCCGACUACGGCCACCCCAUACACUACUCCUGCUCCCGAGAGCGGUACGGAUGUCCCGACAUAUGAGACGAACCCGCCUGUCGUGACAGAGGCACCGCCCCAGGAAACCGAAGAGACUCCAGCAGCAACUCCAUGUCCAGUCACCGAAGAGCCCCCAGUCUACACUCCAUCUCCAGAACAGGGUACUGAAGAAACACCGGCCGAAACUCCAUACCCCGUCACUGAUGAGGUCUAUACUCCGUCCCCGGAGCAAAGCACUGAAGAGACCCCUGCUACGGAGUACCCACCGUACGGCAUGACGGAGACGCCGACCGAAGCACCGGAGGGUGAGACGGAAGAGACUCCGGCUGAAACGGGUGCACCAGAUUACGACCCGGAUACUCCAGCGUCAGUGGUGAUUGACUUGACGACGGAUGAGCCCGGUACUGUUGAAACCACGACUGAGGAGCCUGAGAGCUCGUAUCGUUCCCGCCGCACCCUGCGCCGCAACUAAUGACUAAGCCUGCACCACAUAAGUCUUUUAUCAGUUGAGACUCACGAAUCGAAGAACCUUGAGCUCGAAGGUUCCCGGCUGCUGUCUCUUAGUGUUUCGUGUUUCAAUUCACAGACAGCUUCCGUGCUUUGCACAGAAACUUAAGUACCAGGUAAUACACACUCAAUCCAUUGCCUAAACAAACCAUCAGAAUCUAUUUGACAAUUCUCAGUCG